UACGUGCAGCCAGGGAGUUUUUGUACUUGCCAGUGCGAUAGUAUUUAAGCCUUCUGUCCAACGGGUAGCAGCAUCAGUUAACCACCUCUUGUCGGUGUGGGUAGACACUCGUUAGGCCACGGGGUUGUAGAGAACCUGAGUCUCAAGAAGGGAUCGAACCGGUGUCUCACAUCUCUUGACAAGACACGUGGGCAGCAGUAACACUCAACCAUCUGUGGAUUCGGUCGUAGCAGCAACGUGUUAUUUCUUAGGAACCAUUUGUGGACGAUAUACUGGGACAAUAAUUGAACAUGAUCCCUCUGUUGCUGCUAACUGUGGCAUAUCUGGGAGCGUCGUCAGCCCAGCGUUGCGGCGGGGUACAGAACAAGUAUGUAUGCCACCCGUCCAAUCCUCGUCAGUUUAUGAUUUGUAUCGGAGAUCAGCAGUAUACAAUGAAAUGCCCAGGGAACCUACACUUCAGUACCAAGACCCAGACAUGUGACUGGCCCAGGAACGCUGACUGUGGUCGACCUGUUCAGGUUGUCACCAAACCACCUCCUAAACGUCGAACCCCACAGAUGUCACAACGCCAGUUCGGCGGUCAACGUCGCCGACAACCGUCGUACACCUGGCAAAGCAACAAACAGGGUGGAAACGUGAACAGCGCAGCCUCUAAAUCACGGGGUGAACCUGUGAACGCCGUGGCAGCCCUGACCGGUCCUCGUAAGUACAAGAACCCCACUGACAGGGAACGCAACGUCGCCGAUGACCUGUACAAGAAGCAACACUCCUAUCAUGAAAACAAAAAUCAGCUGAAAGACACGAGAACUGUAGACACAAACAUCAACCAGAAUCGGGACAAAUGGACCCUGGCCCAUUACCCAUGGUGGGCUGCGAAGUCUGCAACGCCUGCAAACCGUUCCCGUAUGUCUCGCCGCCCUGUCACCCCAACCCCUGGCUACAGGUCCGGGUCCCCCUACACCCCACGGACCUCAAGGACAUCGAGGACAUCAAGGGUCUCGAGGACAAAGACCUCAAGGACAUCAAGGACUAGAUACAACCCGAUCCGAAGUUCACUAGGGCGAGUUCCCGUCAACAGCGUGGCCUCCCGGCACCAGCCUCCCCCGGCGAAGCCUCUUAUUAAGAAGACACAACUGACGAAGAAGAAAGAAGUUAAAAAGGAGCCGAAGCCCCAAAGGAAAAUCAUCAGAAAGCCAGGCAAAUGUGACCCCACCACCUGCCAGCUCCCCGACUGCCGUUGUAUCGGUUCCGACAUCCCUGGUGGUGUCCCUGUCACGCAGACACCCAUGAUGGUCAUGCUCACCUUCGACGACAGUGUCAACAUUGCCAACUUUGACUACUACGAAAAACUGUUCGAUGGGAAGUUCAAGAACCCCAACGGCUGUCCUGUCAAAGGAACCUUCUUUGUGUCUGGCGAUGCAACCCAGUAUCACCUCGUGGAGAAGCUUCACAAGAAAGGCCAGGAAAUUGCCUCCCACAGUCAGUCCCACCGAUCACCCACCACAUGGUGGGCCCAUGCAGGGUAUGAAGGCUAUGUUCAUGAAAUAGAAGGCAUGAGAAAGAAGUUGUCCCUCAAGAGUAAAAUCCCAAAGGAUGCCAUCAAGGGAAUGAGAGUUCCGUUCUUGCAAAUCGGAGGUGAUGAUCAGUAUCAGAUGUUGCACGACUACAAAUACCUCUAUGACACGUCCAUGGUGACAGGUCAUCUGUACCGAAACGAGAAACCCCCUGUCUGGCCCUUCACCCUUGAUUACCCCCCAGAUUCCAAAACCUGUUCCCUGACCCCCUGUCCCCAAGGCUCCUACCCCGGUCUCUGGGAGGUUCCCCUUGUCCGUUGGUAUGGUUCCAACAAGAUGGCUUGUGCCAUGCCUGAUGGUUGUAUCAUUGGAGCAGGCAGAAAGGGCACUCUUAAGUAUCUGCAGGAUAAUUUCAAUAGGCAUUAUAAAACCAACCGAUCUCCCCUCGGCAUCUUCCUCCACGCUUCCUGGUUCCGCAGGAAGUCCGGCAACUUCGAGGCCCUGAUGGAUUUCCUCCAAGAUCUGUCUAGAAUGGAAGAUGUAUGGGUCAUCUCAACAUCACAAGUUGUAGAUUGGAUUCGCAACCCUAAGCCAUUGUCACAGGUUAACAAUAUAGAAUCCUGGAAGUGCUAACCGUCGAAACGUUUAGGGGAAUAACUCAUAACAUAUGGAUAUGAAUGGAACAUGCAAGGUUGCAAUAAUAUAACAGAGGGACGGACUCACUGGUAAUAAAUGACACUUAUGGGAGUGGUUUCUAUAUAUGUUCAAUGUUCUCUCAAGGUUCAACUUAACAGGUCCUGAAAGGUAUAGCGUUUAGCCUUCGACGCACGUAUUGGGCGUCCAUGUGACAAGGUAAAUCCCAUGUGAGCUGAAGUCGAGGAAGUACAAGCUCUGCUCCAGUAUUAAGGUUUAACUGUUGCAAACAUGCUGACACCAGAUGUCGAAGAUACGCUGAUGUAAGACAGCAAAUUAUGACACCACGUGUCAUAUUUGCUGGUGUAAACGACAUCUCCAGACACCAGGUGCCAACGGCAUGUGUCAACAGGAAUAGCUUGUAUCAUAACCCGCGCAUCUGUAUAUAAACCCUGCAACCUCCCCUGUAUAUCUAGGUGCACCACACUUCUUUGUACAUUCGCAUAGGAAUUCGUAGGAACUGAAGGUUGUCCCCAGCCUGUGUAGAAGCACCUGCAGUGUAUAUUUAUAUAUAUGAAUAUCGUGUACAUACGAAAAACAUCUGAUAGAUGUCAAUGAAACAUUCUAAUCUUAAAAUAUAUAGCUGAUUUAAAUUGAAAUAUUUUGGGAUAUUUGAAAACGAAAUUAAUUUAAGUAUGGCCGUAUUGUAUAGCAGUAGUAAAAGAAAUAUUGUUUGUUUUAUAAGCUUAUAAGUUUUAUAAGCUUGAUCAGUUGAAAAGUCAAUGGAAUAUCGUCGCCUGUAUAUAUGUACAUACCUCCAUGUUGUAUCAUACCCCCAUCAUCCCAGUGCUACUCUUGUAUAUAGACCAUUGCUCACAACUGUGUUGUACAGACAUAUAUUGAUGUGAAUAAAUAUAUUUAUUGUGAA